AUGGGCACGUUCAACGACUCGCUCAAUAAGGAUGUGAAGGGGCUUCUUGGUCUUUAUGAAGCUUCUUUUCAUGGAUUGGAAGGUGAAACCAUACUUGAUGAAGCUAGGAACUUUGCUUCCAAGCAUCUGAAGGAUCUAAACCUCGACGAAGUUCCCGCUAUAUUAGCGAGCCACAUGAGUCAUGCAUUAGAUAUGCCGAUCCACUGGAGGCCAAACAGGUUGGAGGCUCGGUGGUUCAUGGACAUGUACGAGAAACAGGGUGAUAUGAUCCCCUCUUUACUACGAUUGGCUAAAAUAGACUUCAAUUUAGUGCAAUCAGUCCACAAGAAGGAAGUUAGCAAUAUGGCAAGGUGGUGGGUUGAACUUGGCGCGAACAAGAUGACCUUCUUUAGAGACAAAGCUAGUGGAACACUAUUUUUGGUGCUGCUGACCGGUUUUCGAACCUCAAUAUUCAGCUUACAGGAAAUGACGACGAAGCUCCUUUGUAUGGUGACACUUAUUGAUGACGUUUAUGAUGUAUAUGGGACGCUGGAAGAACUUGAACUCUUAACAGAUUUCAUUGUCAGGUGGGACAUCACAGACAUCGAUAAGCUUCCUCCAACAAUAAGGGAUAGUUUCAUGGCCUUGUACAAUACAACCAACGAAAUUGGGUAUUGGAUGAUGAGAGAGCUAGGGAUCAACACCAUUCCUUACAUGCGAAAAGUGUGGGCGGAUGAAUGCAAGGCCUACAUAAAGGAGGUCAAUUGGUACAACAAGGGGAUUAAACCGACACUGAAGGAGUACAUGGACAAUGCGGUGGAUUCAAUCGGAGGGCUCAUUAUGCUGUUGGGCAGCUAUUUCCUAACCACGGAAAAAUUGACCGAAGAGGGACUUGAUUACGUGUCGAAAAUCCCGAGUGUCAUGCAUUGUUCUGCCAAGAUCCUUCGACUCAACAAUGAUCUCAGUACCUCAUCGUAUGAAUUGGCACGAGGAGACAACUUCAAGGUGCUCGAAUGCUACAUAAAUGAAACCGGCGCUUCGGAAGAGGCCACGCGGGAACACGUGUGGCAUUUGGUGCACGAGACCUGGAGUACCCAUUUUCUGGGUUCGCGCCUUUUCUCGGCGCUUGUUUGA